UAGAAUGAAAUUGUUUUAUUCUAGUUGACUCUCAAACUAAAUACACGUUUAGUCCCUCUACCUAAACUGGCUAAGUUGCUAAGUCGAGAUAGAAGAUUGCUAAGUCGAGAUAGAAGGGGCGAGCGCGCUGCGCUAUCCAUCCCACCAUCCAUUCUCUGCCAAGCUUUCCGACUCCCAGCCAACACGAAAUGGCGGCGGCGGCCGCACCCGUGUCCCUGGUCUUCUUGUGCACGCGUGGGCAGCAGCAGCUGGUACUUGUCGACGCCACCAAGCCCCCUCUGCCCCUGCGCAGCCGCGCUUUCUCCGUCCGCGCCGCUCAGCAGCAGCAGCAGCAGCAGCACCGCGCCCGCCCACGGCCCCCUCGCAGGAACAAGCCCCCCGGACCCGCGCGCCGUCCGCCCAGGGUCCCUCUGGACCAAGAUGAAUACGACGGCGGCUAUGAUGACCGGGAGGAGGGGAGGUUCGCUGGGGGCACCCGGGCCGCCGCCAUGCCCAAGCCACCGGCCGGCUUCGUGCUGGAUGACCAGGGCAGGUGCAUCGCCGCAGCAUCCAAGCGCAUCGUCACCAUCAUCGACGACACCAACAACCGCCCCUUGGAGUGCAUAAUCAGGAGAGUAUUCCGGAGCUCGCAGGACCACGACUGCAUGCUUCUCUGCCCAGUUGACAUGCCUGUGCAGGUCCUCAAGAGCACAAAUUUCAGUGGCUGGGUCGAUGACGACCAACUCAAGCAAAUCAUUCCAUCUGUUGCCUAUGCCCUUGCCAGAGUACAUAUGCACUUUGUAGAAAGCGGAUUCUGUUAUACAGCAAGGGGUGGCUUCUGCUUUCCUGAAGAGGCCAUUCAAGAGUUUCAUGAUUCCGGUGAAGGUGUGCCUUUUGAAGGUGUAGAGAUUUGCUGCUUCAAUUUGGAUGGUGCACACUAUAUGAUUUAUACACCAGUUGAUCCUCUUCUUUUUGUCGCAAUCAAGGAUAAGGAUGGUGUGCUACGCAUCGCUGAGGAUGAUCUGAUGGAAGACCCUGCAGUUCUGGAUGCGGUAGAUGAAGAGACAGAAUUUACAGCUCUAGUGGAGGAGGAGGAGGCCCUUCUUGAAACGGUACUUGGUGAAAGGUGAUGGAUGCCAGGGAGUACUUGUACAGGAAGAGGAAGAGAGACUCGUCUGAUUGUAGUAGAAUAGAAUGGAAUGGAAUGGAAUGGAGUGCAUUUGCAACUGUAAGCAGCUGCAACCUGCAAUACUUGGAGUGGAGUGAUGGACAACGCAGUUGAUAAGCAACUGCUGCUGCUAAUCUUUGUCUAGUGUAGGAUAGAUAGCUCAAUGGGACGAUCAAAGCUAUUUAUGAUGUGCUCAUGUGUUUGAAUUAAUUAAUAAAAUUACCCCAAUCUGAAUAGAAUA